AUGGGUACUACUCUAAAUGUUGAUCAACAAAUUCAUUUGAUUAAGCCUUUUACUAGUUUUGAUGUCAAGAAAGCUCUGUUUAGUAUUCUUGAUUUAAAAAGUACAUGCCCUGAUGGUUUUGGCUCAAAAAUUUUCAAGGCUUUUUGGGCUGAUAUUGUACUUUUGUACAAAUGCAUCUCCAAGAUGAUGUGCAGCAGAAUGGCUAAUGUGUUACCUUCUCUCGUAAACAGGUAUCAAGGUGUCUUUAUCAAGAAUAGGUCAAUUACCCACAAUAUGCUCAUUCUUCAAGACCUACUUCAUGGAUUCAUCAAUUGGAUCAUGACACGCUUAAGGGGUUCUACCUACUCCUUAGUUCUUAAUGGUCGUGUGCAUAGGAGAUUUCAGGGGAAAAGUGGGUUAAGGCAAAGAGAUCCCCUCUCUCCUUUACCUUUUGUGUUAGUAAUGGAAUAUCUUACUCGAUUAUUACUCUUUGAUGCUCGUGGUUUAGAUUUCAAGUAUCAUCCUAUGUGCAAAUCCUUAAAGAUAGUCAGUCCUUGCAUUGCUGAUGAUUUGAUCUUGUUUUGUAAGGGGACGGUUAAGUCAAUUCAGAGGAGAAAGAUUAAGUCACUCUUGGCUCAACAGAAGCUGUUGAGAGUGCUUAAUGACCCUAUAGAAUGGCCAGAAGGGACUACUAAGAUUCAACAAGAAGAAUACUUGGAAACAACAACUGGUAUCAUGAUAUUCAACUUAUCAGAUGCCAUUAUCAGACUGAUAGACAAGGAAAAAACCCCUGCCCAGAUUUGGAAGAAACUGGAAGAAUAG